AUAAGAAGAUGUAUAAGACCACUUCACUUCCUAAAAUCCAACAGACUAUUUUGAGCUUUCCUGACAUGGCUUCCGACCCCCCCUCUCCUUCUUCCAUUGAAGCAUUCUCAACCAGAAACUACGAAAACCUCUGCGAACAGAUUCGCAACUCUCUGGUUCACAACCAGCUCAGCCUGCUAAUUCAAGUUCUCGCCGGUCUAAAUGCCCCGAGUCGGGUCGAGUGCGAGAGAAUCAGGCAGCAGUACAAGCAAGUGUACGGGGAGGACCCGGCCCAUUCUCUCCAGACCCUUGGUCGGAUCACGGGCACCGAAAAGCUACCCGAAACGACGACGGCGAGCGAAGCUCUGGCCAUGGCCCUGCUCAGCCCCUACGAGCGCGACGCCGCCUUGGCCCGGGAGGCGCUCCGGCCGGAUGGCUUCAAUUUCAGGGCGCUUGUUGAAAUCUUCACUUGCCGGAAAUCCAGUCACGUUCAGCUCAUACAACGGGCUUAUAAAGCAAAAUUCUCAACGCGUUUAGAUAAUGACAUUUGCUGCAUUGAUUCACCAUCCUUCCAAAAGAUAUUGAUGGCUUUGUCUGCAUCACACAAAGCACAUGAUUGUGAUGUUAGCCAACACACAGCCAAAUGUGAUGCUAUGAGGCUGUACCAAACAGGGGAGGGAAAGUCAGGGGGGGCCAUUGAUGAAGCAGUUGUGCUGGAGAUUUUGAGCAAGAGAAGUGUUCCACAACUGAAGCUCACAUUUUCUUGCUAUAAGCACAUUUAUGGCCACACUUAUACCAGAUCUCUCAAGCAUGGAAGAUUGGGAGAGUUUGAAGAUGCAUUGAUCAUUACAGUGAAGUGCAUAUAUAGCCCCUCAAAGUAUUUCUCACAGGUGAUUUAUAACAUGCAUUUGACUAUGCCUUCAUUGCCUUGUACAGUUAACUCCUUGCCUUGCAUUUUUGUUGCCUGUUAAACACACAUAACUACAUAAGAGUAUUCACGUCCCUAUACCAUUAGUAGAUGAAGUGGUUGAAGUGAAAUAUCUUGUUGGGUCAUGGAUGAAGGAGUAGAUCAUUUGGUGAGAAUAUAUUGUAAUAAUUAGGUCCCAAGUUAUGGUCUGUUGGUAACUAGUUAGAAACAUUUUAAUUAGGUCCCAAGUUUUGAGUUUGGAUUGUUUUAGAAAGUGCUAAUGAAAAGUUACGGGUCCCACUAAAAAAAGCAAUAUUUGGAGAUAAUGGUCAAGAAAAAUUAUAGUUUACUUGUCUUAGAUUUAUUUUAAAAAUAAUAUUGCGCUUGUUGUAAAUCACGAAGAUUUAGAUUAUUUUGGGAUUACAAAUAGGUAAUGUGGGUGUCUUCAAAAAAUGUGGAAAACAGUACUAAGUACUAACCCAUCCUUCACAAUUAGAGGAUUUAAAAAUUGGAAAAUGUUUGCAUCAAAAUGAACCAAAGUUAUCCUUCUUACAAUAAGUCAUAUUUUACGACUCUGUUCUUUGUUGUUCUUUGUUGCACCUCAUGCACAUUUGUCUCCCAGUCUUCCUAUUAGUGGCGUGACCACAUUUCUCUCUCUUAGUUCUAUCCUAUUAUUUGAGGAUUGGUGUUUCUUAUUAAACUCCUUAUCAUGCAAGUUAUCUAUAAUUAACUUUCAAAUGGUGAUUUGUAUUUCAUGAUUGAUAUUUUUUAGUACAUUUAAAAUUUUACAACAUAUUCUAAUAUUGUUUAUAAAUAAAAUGUUCCAAUAUUAAUGUUUAUUUGUUGUGACAACAAUUUCUUAUUGUCUCUCAUGCCUUGGGUGUUUAUGAAAAUGAAAAAUGAUACCGGUGCCAAUGGCGAUUUAUUAACAAAGAUUGCUUAAUCUUCAGGUGAUGCAUGCAUGUCUAAAGGGAAAAAGAGUGGGCAAAGGAGAUUUGGUGAGAAUUAUAGUAACCAGGUCUGAGGUGGACUUGGACAAGAUUCAAAUGGUGUUCAAGGAUAAAUAUGAUUUGGAGUUAAAGGAUGCUAUUUGUGGAAGUAUUCCUCCUGGUGACUACAGAGAAUUUCUAGUUAUGUUGGUUACCAAACCUUCAAAUAGGGUUAGAUAUGCCUCUCUAUGAAUUGUGGGAUGUUGUAUAUGCUUUUAUUGUCAUUAUAUCAUUAUUGUUAAUUGUUAAUUAUAAUUAUAAUUAUAAUUAUUGAAAAUGUCAGAAUUAUCAUAGCUCAACAUGUAAAAUUAGUUAUGUUGUUGAUUGAAAUAUGAAAAGACCCUUUUCAUGUAGAGCGCCAAGGUCUCCGUGUGAUUUACC